CUCUGGUUUGUUUGGUUUUGACCCAGCUCGGUGGUUAAAAGGAGCGGCAUCAGCUGGGAAGAUAAAUGGCAGGGAGAUCUUUUCCUAUCCUGUAGACCUCCCCUCCUUGAAUCAGAGCAUACCAGCAGGCAGGGAAAAGGCGCAGGAGAUUGACGCAAGGAGACCUCGGUUGUCUCAGCACUUCAGGUUACUUUCUGUUGGAAGUGUCAUCAUGAUUCUCGGAAAUCCCAUUUCUUCCAAGAACUAGAAAUGUUUGAUUGCUUGUUUUCCGAAUCAGGUUGGCUGCUUCUUUGAAAUGCCAUGGAUGUAGCACUGGGCCAAUAAAUUGGGGAUUUUUGCUUGUGCAAGAAUAAUUUUGUCUAUAGUGCCACCAUUUUCCUCAGAAUAAUAGAGAACCAAGAUUGAGAGUGUUCUGAUAGAAAACUUUGAUUUGUGUGUUGGGGACAUGGUCGCUGGUGCCUUCUUCAGUGUUGCAAUUUGAGACGAGUAUGCGCCGCGUCCGAGUCUCAUCUCACCAGACUCCUGUCCAGAAGCUCGGUGAUUCGCAGAUGAAACUGACACCCAAGUUCCGGCUUGCCGCAGCCUCUGCACUGCCGUCGCCGACAUUAACCUCUGAUAUUGAUCAAUCUUCAUGGGAGACACCCCUCAUACCUGGCCUUCCGGACGACGCCGCACUCAAUUGCCUCCUUCGGCUACCUGUUGAGGCCCAUGAUGCCUGCAGGCUCGUCUCUCGCCGGUGGCACCACCUCCUGGCCGACAAGGCACGGUUCUUCACGCAGAGGAAAGCAAUGGGCUUCCGGUCGCCGUGGUUGUUCACCCUGGCGUUCCACCGUUGCACUGGUAAGAUACAGUGGAAGGUGCUGGACCUGGACUGCUUAACCUGGCACACCAUUCCUGCCAUGCCGUGCCGGGACCGGGCUUGCCCCCGUGGGUUUGGCUGCAUUGCAAUCCCCAGUGAUGGCACCCUUCUUGUCUGCGGUGGGCUAGUCUCUGACAUGGAUUGCCCAUUACAUUUGGUACUCAAGUAUGAUGUUUACAAGAACCGCUGGACCGUGAUGACCCGGAUGCUGUCGGCACGGUCCUUCUUUGGUGGUGGCGUGAUCGAUGGAAGGGUUUAUGUUGCUGGGGGCUAUAGCACGGACCAUUUUGAGCUGAACUCAGCAGAGGUUCUUGAUCCAGCUAAGGGUGCUUGGAAACCAGUUGCUAGUAUGGGCAUCAACAUGGCUUCAUCAGAUUCUGCUAUCAUGAGUGGUAGGCUUUAUCUCACUGAAGGUUGUGCAUGGCCUUUCUUCUCCUCGCCUAGAGGGCAGGUGUAUGAUCCAAAGAUUGACCGCUGGGAGGCGAUGCCAGUUGGAAUGCGUGAAGGGUGGACAGGAUUGAGCGUGGUCAUCGACGAUCGUUUAUUCGUCAUUUCAGAGUAUGAGAGGAUGAAGGUUAAGGUCUAUGAUGCAGAGAUGGAUUCGUGGGCUUCUGUAAACGGCCCUCCUAUGCCUGAGCGGAUUAUGAAACCUUUGUCCGUGAGUUGCCUGGACAGUAAGAUAGUCGUUGUCGGCCGUGGUCUCCAAGUAGCAAUUGGCCACAUCAAGAAACAGUCAGGAAGUGGAAGCGGUUGUAAUCGUAGGACUUCGAGCUACUUGAUUUGUUGGCAAGAUGUCGAUGUUCCAAGGGCAUUCAGCGAUCUGACGCCUUCAAGCAGUCAGAUCUUGCAUGCUUAACUGCAUCUGAAGCUCUGGUAACCUGCAGACCAAUCACAACUGGUCAAUUAUUUAAAUCUGCUCUCAUCUAUUUAAACCGCUUAUCUGUGUUGUACAACAGCUGUGUUCUGUAUAUUAGACUCUUUCCUGUUAUGUUCUAUAAUCUGUAAAUGUUGUAUAUUAGUAACGAAAUAAUGCGAGACAAUGUUGUGAGUAGUAGAUGUUUGUGGGUAAUUACCAGAACUGUUGCAUUUCAGUCGUUACACUGA